AGUGAUUACAUCACGCACAUGGUCGGUGCGCUGUCUCUUGCGCUGUUUGUGUGAGCUCAGCGGUGGAUUGUGUGAAGGUGAAAGGGAUCCAACUCUGUGAAAAGGUUAAAGUGAACCUUGUAUCACAAUUAUGUCAUCCAGUGGACUUUUUGCUGCACACACACAGCUGUGCAAACGGCUGCUGUCUUUACAACAGUGUGCGUCAAGGACCUACACAUCACGCACUCUCAAUGAGGUGGUGAUCGUGAGUGCAGUGCGUACGCCCAUGGGGUCCUUCCGAGGGAGCCUGUCCGCCCUCCCCGCCACCAAGCUGGGCUCCAUCGCCAUCAAGGCAGCCGUGGAACAGGCAGGUAUUCCAGCCGAUGCCGUUAAAGAGGUGUACAUGGGCAACGUCCUCCAGGCCGGAGAAGGGCAAGCACCAACCAGACAAGCCCUCCUUGGGGCAGGUCUGCCUAUUUCCACUCCAGCAACCACUGUCAAUAAAGUCUGUGCCUCUGGUAUGAAAUCCAUCAUGAUGGCAGCACAGAGUCUGAUGUGCGGACACCAGGACGUGAUGGUGGCGGGUGGCAUGGAGAGCAUGUCCAACGUGCCCUACACGAUGGUCCGCCAGGCGCCCGCGUACGGAGGAGUGCACGUGGAGGACCUCAUCGUGAAAGACGGCCUCACGGACGUCUACAACAAAUUCCACAUGGGCAACUGUGCUGAGAACACGGCAAAGAACUCAAGCAUCUCCAGAGCAGAGCAGGACGCCUACGCCAUCAAGUCCUACAGCCAGAGCCAGAAGGCCUGGGAGGCUGGGCUCAUCGCCAAGGAGAUCGUCCCUGUCAGCAUUCCACAAAGAGGCAAACCAGACCUGGUAGUGAAGGAGGAUGAAGAGUACCGCAGAGUCGACUUCAGCAAAGUUCCAAAGCUAAAAGCAGUGUUUCAGAAGGAGAAUGGUACAGUGACGGCGGCCAACGCCAGCACUCUGAACGACGGAGCUGCCGCCCUGGUCCUGAUGACUGCUGACGCUGCCAAGAGCCUCAACGCCACCCCCCUCGCCAGAAUCGUCGCGUUUGCUGAUGCUGCGACUCAUCCCAUUGAUUUCCCUAUUGCACCAGCGUAUGCUGUUCCAAAAGUGCUUGAGAUGGCUGGCUUGAAGAAAGAGGAUAUCUCCAUGUGGGAGAUCAAUGAGGCGUUCAGCGUGGUGGUCUUGGCCAAUAUCAAGAUGCUGGGCAUCGACCCAGACAAGGUCAACGUGAACGGAGGAGCCGUGUCUCUCGGACAUCCCAUUGGCAUGUCUGGAGCAAGAAUUGUCGGUCACAUGGUGCACAAUCUCCAAUCAGGGCAGUAUGGACUCGCAGGUAUCUGCAACGGUGGUGGCGGGGCAUCGGCUAUCGUCAUCCAGAAAUGUUAGGAAGGACAUCUUGCUGUAUUUUACGUUGACGACCUGGAGUUUCUUGAAUGUUUGGGCAUACAGUCUGUUAACAAUAUUGCAGCUCACUCAUGCCGACUGUGUACAAAAAAAAGGAAGCCUUAAAGAAACACUCCAUUUUGAGGAGGAAAUUGUUUUAGUUUAACAACUUCCUGCAGAUUAUUAUUUUUUAAUCCAUUCAACUGAUUUCCAGAUCUGUCAGUAGCACUUUAGCUGAUAGCUUAGCGUAAAUAUUUGAAUCAAAUUAGUUGUAUGUUAUUGAUCUAAUGCCAUACCGGUCUUAUGCUAAGCUAACAUCUGAAGUGUUUGUGUCAGAUUUCCGAAAUGGUAAAACUCCACAUGAGUUGUAAAGUGAGUUUAUUUUUCAAUAGAAGUGGAGUGUCCUUUAAACGUGACCUUGACAUAAUGAACUUGGAGGAGGCCUUACAUCCGCUUUUCACCUUUUCAAAACAGAUGUAUCACAUUUAACACUUAACUCACCGCCAUCUUUUAUAAUCAAACAGACUGCCAUAGGAAUACAGUCAGGAGGCCUUACAGUUUGUAGACUUGGAUUACUUGCACUUGUGUGUGACGUCAUGUUACGUCAUCGUAACAUAACUCUACUGAUCAUUGGAAUAACAGAACCUGUGUAAGUGUUCUGGAUGUGCAAUUCAUAUUGAAAGGCAAGCACACUGGGAAGCUGGUAAUGUGUUUGUCUUCAGUAAUGAGAAAACAGUUGUGAGGAAAAAAGGAUAAAUAUGAGGGAGUCUUAUACAUAUCUGGGGCAAAGCUAGUCCCUUCUAGUGUUGGGCUUUGGUUGAGGUUUUCUCUGUUGACAAGUUUGUACUGUCUUCAUUUGCUCCUUGCGAGUUUUUAAACACUCCGUUUUCUGUAGUGCAAAAAUAAAUAUGAGAUGUCUGAUA